AUGCCUGCAACGAGCCAGACUCAAGUAGGCGACACAGGCGUCAAUGACCUGCCGACGUCAGGAGUAGCCAUCUUGAGCCCGUCCCAGGUGAUUGAUUCACUGGAAAAGGCUGUGGAAAAUGCAAAGAUCAGUGGAGAUCUCGAGUCGUAUGAGAGUUUUGUUGGAGAUGUCGUUGAUGAGGAUAUAAAAUAUCAAAUCCGUCUAUGCCCCGCACUCGCGCAAAAGCACAAAGAACGCGCACCAACUCCCAAUGUCGCAUCAGAUGCGUCAAAUAUUACAGCCGUUGUUCAAACGAUCACGCGGAGUGACCCGUUCUUGCCGCCCUUUAACUCGUUGCACGUUGGAGAAAUGCGAGACAUACUCGAAGAUGAUAGCGUUGAAGGAUACAAUGUUCUGCUGAACAAGUUCGCGCUCCUCAAAGGUCACUUUUUGCUUGUCAUCAGACGUGCUCAGCCGCUUCAGCAUAUCCAAUUCUUCCCUGGACAAGCACCGAUUGAGCGGCUUGUCAAGGCGGCCACAGUGGAAAAUGAGGCCCGCCGAUUUGCUGUUCCUCAACUCCCAUUCGCGGCGCACAUCAAGCGACUGGACAAGAAUGUCCUUUAUGCCGCUGAAAUCCCCGUUGAUGGAUCGAGUACUGUGGAGAAUAGCGAAGGGGUGCGGGAAGCGGUGGACAGGCUGAGUGCAGAACUCGCCAUGCCCAUUAUGGCCAUCCUCGACGAGAUGCAGAUCCUCGACCUUGCCGCAAGAGUAUCACGUUUCAUCUCGCGAAGGCUUCGAUAUGCUAAUUCACAUUGGUUGUUCCAUGCAGUAGGGACCGACAAUCAGCAGCGCAAACUCGAGAACGAACUUCAGUAUGAUAUUCAAAUCCCACAUUCUUUGUACUGGAUAGAGAUUCUACGCUCUACAGGAGGAGUACCGCGGGCGAUCACGGGCCUCUGGGCUAUCGUACGCAAUGUAGGCGCCGAUGAAUCGUCGGUGGUGCAAGGUCGUGAAUAUGCUGUGACUGCCGUCGCAAUCCCAUCAGAUGGCUCACGAAUCGCCUCUGGCUCGCGGGAGAGAAAAUUAGACUGCGGAAUGCGGAUACUAGUCAGCGGUUGCAGCAGCCGCUUCGAGGACACUUGGAUUGGGCAAGCAAUUGCAUUUUCACCAGAUAAUUCACGACUUGUCCCUGGUUCGACGAACAGGACACUUCGACUUUGGGAUCCAGACAAUGGACGGCUUUUGGAAGGACCACUUGUAGGUCAUGGAGGUUGGGUAACGGCUGUCGUAUUCUCGCCAGAUGGCGCACGUGUUGUCUCUGGUUCGUGGGGUGGGAAGGUUGGAAUAUGGGAUGCAUACAUUGGCAAACUAUUACGGGGGUCCCUCGAAUGCUACAAAACCUCAGUAAUGAUGGUCGCAUUUUCUCCAGACGGUUCACGCGUUUUCUCUGUCUCACUGAGUAAGACGAUUCACAUCUGGGAUGCAUACACUAUUGAGCCGUUGGGAGAGCUAUUGUGUGGUCACGACUACUGGGUAUCGGAUGUCGCAUUCUCGCCAGAUAACUUACGAAUGGCUUCUGGCUCUACUGAUAGUACAAUUCGAAUACGAGAUGCAGCCACUAUCCAGCCACUGGGAGGGCCGCUUCUAGGCCAUCAAUCCUCGCUUUGUGCUGUCGCAAUCUCGUCAGACGGUUCCCGAACUGUCUCGGGUUCAAAGGUCACGACCAUUGGUCGACCGGUAGGACAGCCAUUAUUGGGUCAUACAGGUGAGGUCAUUGCCGUCGCAUUCUCUCCAGAAGGUUCACGAAUCGUCUCUGGCUCGGGAGGAUGCGACUAUUCGAAUAUGGAAUGCAGAGAAUGGUGA